AUGAGCAAAUUGUCUAAUAAAGAAAUAAAUGGUUAUAAAUUAAUUAAAUUGAUUGGAAAGGGAGCUUUUGGCUAUAUUUAUUAAGGAAAUAUUCUAAAAACAAAAGAAGUCGUAGCAAUUAAGGUGGUAGAAAUAGAAAGAUUUAAAGAAUGUGAUGGACUUUUAGGUAAACUAGUCUUAUCAGAGUAAGACGCAUUAAAAAAGGUGAAAAGCUAGUAUGUAGUAGGGUUUAUUGAUUGUUUUUAAGACAAUUCAUAUAACUAUUUAGUUAUGGAAUAUUGCGAUUCUGGAGAUCUAGAAUAAUAAAUUAAAGAUCCGAAGACUUUUUUAACAGAACAAGAUGCUAUAGGGAUCCUCCGAUAGAUUCUUUAAGGAUUAAGAGACAUGCAUGCAGCUCUUAUUAUUCACAGAGACCUGAAAUUAGCCAAUAUUUUGAUCCAUAAUCAUUCGAUCUAUAAAAUUGCAGAUCUUGGAUUUAGUAAGAUAUUGCAAAAUGAAACUGAUUUAUCUUGUUUAUAACUUGGAUCUCUAUAUACUAUGGCUCCAGAAAUUUACAAUUAAAAUUCCUACGGCUUAUCAUCUGAUAUGUUUUCAGUUGGUGUUAUUUUUUAUUAAAUCCUAUUUGGAAGGUUUCCAUUUAGUCAAAACGACUACGAAUUAGAAACUUAGCCAUUAAUUAACUUUACAAGGAACAAAAUUCCUGUUUCAGAGGCCUCAAAAGAUCUAAUUACAAAAAUGCUGUAAUUUGAUCCACAGAAGCGAAUUAAGUUUGAGGAAAUAGCUAAACAUAAGGUGUUUGAGAAACAGAUGUUUAAUUAAAUCAGUAGGAUUUAACUUCAGAGUUCCAAAGUUAGGAUAGAGGAACAUUCUCAAUUCUAUCAAAAGGAAGGGAAAAAAAUUGAAAAAGAAAAUCAGUAAGAGAUCCAAGCAACAAAAGAACGUUUGAUGUCUUUCAAAAAACCGUAAGAAGCAGGUCAAAAUUUGUAAUAAUAAUAACUCUAGUCUAUUUCGAACUAAAUAAUUGAUAUUAAUCUUAUUAGUGGGGAAAUUAGUUUACCAGUAAAUUCAUAGAAAAAAAAUGAAAUGAAUUAGAAAAUAAAUCAUUUUAACAAAACUAUGAAUGAUAUAUACUACUUUUCUAAUACUAUUUAAGAGGUCUUUUAAAUUCAAAUGAGGGCUCAUUAUGCAGCUAUAAUUUUAUGUUAUUAGGUUAAAAUAAUGACUUCUAAAAUCCAAGAAUAAAUGUAAGAUUAAAUUUAAAUUCACAAAGGUGAUAUUGAUUUGGAAUUUGAUUUAACUCAAUUAAAGUAAAUAUUAGAAUUAGCAGAAUAAUUAUACAUGGUUAUAGAUUUUUAACUAUAGGACAUUGCUUAAUAAUAGAUUUAAUCUGGAGAUAUAAGAAUUCAAGAGAUGCUAAAAAAUCAAAUAAGUAAAAAAUAGUUAAAUGAUAAUCUCUAUAAUGAAAUUAAUGCACUCAUUACAAAAGAAAAUAAUUAAAUCACAUAUGUUUUAUACCAUAUGAUUAAGUGCUGCUAAUACUGCUUUAUGUUAAACCAGCAGUACAAGGAAAUCGAAUUAGAUAUCAACAACUUUGAUAUAAAAAAGUCUAAGUAAAUACACCCUAAUUAAAACGAUAUUAAACUUGACUUUAAAAAAAUAUAAGAGUAUGAUUAAUAAAUAUAAUGA